AUGAAUCAAUAUGGGGAUCGUGGUGGAGGCCAAUCUCAAUACUAUUCCGGACCUAUCAACACAAUAAUCCCCGUCAAUUCCAACAGCUUCGAUGGAAAUGACUACAACCUCUUCCCUUCAGACGCUGCCUUGACUCCAUCUGCAUUCCUCGAUUUUUCUGCCGGCUUUGAUGACAGUCAGAACUCAAACAGUGGACAACAUAGCAGACGGAGCUCUUCGGGGAGGAGAAUAAGUGGUGGAAUACUGGACCGAGUUGCACAGUUCGAGAACUUGGCUCUCCAGUCACCACAGAGACCCAUGACUCCUCCAAAUCAGAAUGCUUCGUGUUAUUUUCCACCCACGCCUGUGGACACUCCACACGAUCGUAUGAUAAAACAUGAGCAAAUGAACCCUCGCUUUCUGGAUACGUACGACACUUCCAUGGAGGAGACAAUCAAACCCAAGAGUAACCAACGAGCUCGAGGCGUCUUCGAUGACAUGAGAAAAGAAGCCGAGAUGACUUAUAUGCCUAGUCCUCCUCGAAGUGGUCAAAUGCCUACUACCAGCACUUUUGAUUCUGCGCCUAUGCCAACUGGAAACUAUCUGAACUUGUCAAAUGCCAAUCUGGAUUUCUUGAAGAACGAGCAACAAAACGAUGGACUCCAAUAUUCUCCAGCUUCAUCUAAUAUGUCCUCGAAUCUGUCAUAUCACUCCUCACCCGAUGUUCCCCAGUCAGCCAUGUUUGAUCCUUUCGUCAAUCAACCCAAAUUGGAUACUGCACCAAUGUCUUUUCCAGAACCUUCCGCUCACGGUCUUCCAAUGUCUUUUUCUGAACCUUCUCCAAUGCCUGAGUCGCCAGCUAGAUCUCUUCAUCGAAGAUCGGAGUCUAUUUGCAGCAUCAAUCUUGAAGAAUCCAUCACUGAUACAGGAAUAACCAUUGACGAUAUUGCAACGUUUAUCCAGGGUCCCGAUCCAAUCGAUAACAAAUGGUUAUGCUUGUAUCCAGAAUGUAAGAAGCGAUUCGGCCGGAAAGAAAACAUCAAAUCACAUGUACAGACUCAUUUGGGCGAUCGACAAUUUCAAUGUCCUCACUGCAAGAAGUGCUUCGUCCGACAACAUGAUCUCAAACGCCAUGCCAAGAUUCACAGCGGAGUGAAGCCAUACCCAUGCCAAUGUGGGAACAGUUUUGCUCGGCACGAUGCUCUUACGAGACAUAGACAACGAGGAAUGUGCAUUGGAGCAUUUGAAGGGGUUGUAAAGAAGACUGUCAAACGUGGUCGACCUCGCAAGAACCGACCAGACAACGAAGAUCGUCUUGCAAAGUCAUCCCGCACGAGAAGCAAGAACAAGACGAUGUCAUCCUCUCCGUCAACAAGGAGCUGUUCCGAGAGUGGAGGUCAGUCACCUCGAAGCGAGGCUGAUAUUCUCGACGACAAACCUUUCGGCGACUACGACUUCACUCAAUCAUCUGCCAGUAUGGAUGGUGGAAGCUUUGAGUACUCCCAACCUCAACCUCAAUCACCUGGGCCCACUCAAAGCGUCUCACCCCAAGCUAUUCAGGCCCACUCACCAUCCGCUUUCAGCACACACUCCCACGUUUCUUCGCACCAUUCUCAACACCGCGGCUCAAUUUCCGAAAGCAUUCAUCUCCCAUCCCACCCAGCCUCUCCAGCAAAAAGCGUUCACAGCUAUCACUCUCCGCCAGGCCUCUGCGAAUCAUCGUCCAGUCCCGCCGCUAGUCAGAACUACUACGACAUCGAGACCUCAUCGACGCACGGUGACCAAAUGGCACUCAACUUGAGCAGCCUAGCCAACAUCUCAGAGCACGACGAUGAGAUGUUCCUCGAAGCAUUCGCUGCUGCAAAUAAUGGCGAGAUGACGAGUCUGGAACGGGAUCCUGACCUUUUGAUGGGGAAAUUCGAUGAUGCUUUUGUGAAUACGAGCGGAGAUGACUUGUUCAGAAAUAACGAGGAUAUGUUUUUUGGGAGUCCGUGA